AUGCCUCCCCGCGUCGCCCUCAUCACAGGCUGCUCCGAGCCGACGUCCCUCGGCGCGGCGCUCGCGCUCGAGCUGCACCACCUCGGGGUGAAGGUGUACGCGACCGCGCGGAACGGGAGCACGCUGGCGCACCUCGCCGCCGAGGGCCUGAGCACGCUCGAGCUCGACGUCACGGACGCGAAGAGCAUCGCUGCCGCCGUGGAGGCCGUCACGGCGGCCGACGGGCGGCUCGACAUCCUCGUCAACAACGCUGGUGUAAGCGGCCCCGCGCCCCUCCUCGACACCGACCUCGACCGCCUGCGCGCCCUGUUCGAAGUCAACGCCUUCGCGCCGCUCGCGCUCACGCAGGCGUUUGCUCCGCUGUUAGUCGAGGCGGGCAAGGGCAGCCCCCUCGACGCGGUCGUGCUCAACGUCGGCAGUGGGGCGAGCUAUGGCCCGCCGUUCCGCGGCGCAUAUGGGAGCAGUAAGGCCGCGCUGCAGAUCCUCUCGGACGUGCUGCGCCGCGAGCUCGCCCCGCUCGGCAUCAAGGUGGUCACGCUGGAGCUGUUGAUGGUGUCCACCGCGCUCCUGAACGGCGCGAAGCCGUUCGACCUCCUCUCACCCACGCCCUCGGGGUACUACGCCAACUGGCCCGAGAUCGAGGCGGUGAACGAGGCCUCGAUCCUCGCGCAGGCGAAGCAAGCCCCGCCGUCGCGCGACGUCGCGCGUGGCCUCGCGCGCGUGCUGACGAGCCAGGCGCCGCCGCGCAAGCUGUAG